GAAAGUCCUUAGCAUGAUUUUAGGAUCUCGGCAAAACACGGCAACACCAUUUAAAACACCCAAACACCAUUUAUCCUCCGCCCCCCAUUCUGGAAUGCCCAAUGUCGCCGGUUCACCGCCGCCACCACUCGCCGAUUCAAGGGCCUUCACCGCCCCGAAGGCCCGAUGUAUCCUCCCUACGGUCGUUGGUUCACCACUAACCCCCGCCACCACCACGGGGAAACUCGAGACGCGUUUGUUAUUGCCGGGGAAAUGUGUGCCACGAGAUUUGUUCCUUCUUUACGAUGUUCUCGAAGUUGUUGAAGAAGACAUUGAAAUUUGGGUAUUUUCAACAGAUCGAUGAACUUGUAUUCAAGUCCAUGUUGAGAUUUAAUUGUUGAGUACUGCUAUGAGUACCGAUCGGCGCCGUAGAAAAAUCGUACCGACGGCCGGCCGGGCCGUCUUCGGCCACCGAACGCUGAUUCGAGCUGUCCAAAAAUUCUAUAAAAAAAAAAAACCGAGGGGGCCCUUACGGGAAUCAACGGCAUCCAAUGUGUAUAGGGUGCUUGAUCUAAACAUCAUAUUUUUCGUAUAUAUAAGCUUGGAUCGGCCGUUCGGUGGCCGGAGACGGCUCGGCGCGGCCGUUAAUACGAUUUCCCUACGUUUUGGUCGGUCGGUACGUAUAUCAUUUUC